CAGGCGUGGUGGGUUAGUUUAGACUCUAAUUAUUUAGGUCUUGUUUAGAGAAUUUUAAUUUGAGCUCCUAUUUUGAGGAGUUAUGUUUUAAUUUUAUCUAAAUAGUUUUCUUAUUUAAAUACUCCUAUUUAGGGGAGUUUAAAUUUGAGCUCUUAUUAUAAGGAUAAGAUAUAUGUUUUACUCCUAUUUAAGGAGUUUUCUUUAAUACUUAAUCAUUCAGAAGCAAAUGUCUGAACCAAUCAGAUAUUUGAUCACGAAACAAACAGUCUCCCAGGACGGCCGCGGCGCCGCCGGUUUCUCCGGGUCGCCUUUGGGUGUUACGGCGGAGAGCGACGGGACUGAUGCGGCGGCGGCGGAGGAGGAGGAGGUCGUUGACGGGGAGCAGCAGGAGGAGGAAGAAGAAUUCGAUGAGUUAUCGAUCCGAGGGGAAGUGUACGAUGAGCGGAACGGAAGACCUAAGCUAGCAGAAGGGUUUUACGAGAUUGAAGCUGUACGGAAGAAGAGAGUCCGAAAGGGCAAAGUUCAGUACUUGAUCAAAUGGCGAGGCUGGCCUGAGACUGCAAACACAUGGGAGCCCGUGGAGAAUUUGUCUUCCUGCUCCGAUUUCAUCGAGGCUUUUGAAGAAAGUUCGCGGUCAAGAUCCACCCGCGGGCGCAAGCGCAAGCAUAAAGUCACCCCGACCCAACCGAAGAAAAAACCAAAACAGCAGCAGCGCACCCCUAGAGUAGCAGAGUGCAGUUCGCAACCUGUGGUGGUCAGGCUAGUUGAUGAGCCUUUGCCCCUGGCAUCAUCACGCGAUGAUGUCAUGGAUCAUCAGGCGAACAAUGAAGCUGAGCUGGCAGUGCACGAGGAUGGCGAGACAGCGGAUUCGUCUGUUCAUGUGAAAACGAGUGAAGAAAAUGACUUGGAUGUAAAGCUCAGUGAACUGAGGGAGAUUCCUUUAGCCAGUGGCGCUCUUGUAAAUAAUAACAAAACUCAGGAUCAAUCGGGUCGGUCCAUUGGAGCUAAGAGGAGGAAGUCGGGGUCGGUCAAGAGAUUCAAGAAAGAGUCUCCCUCGAAUACGUGUAAUGGCGUGGCAGAUGAUACAACCAGGGAACCAAGUAGCAAUGUUAAUGCAGUUCUUGCACCUGGAGGAAUUGAGAACCCAUGUGUGAAAAACGACUGGGCGUACAAGAGUUUUGAAGAUGUAUAUAAUGUUACUCAGAUUGUCAAACCAGUUGGCUAUCAAGCUUUUGUAUCCAAUGGAGUCCAAGAAGUUUCAAUCACCUUUUUGGCCAAGAGGUCUGAUGGGAAAGAGAUAACGGUGGACAGCAAAUUUCUAAAGGCAAACAAUCCACUUCUGCUGAUAAACUUCUACGAGCAACAUCUGCGGUACAAUCCCUCUGAGUGAGUAGAGAUGGAGAGCAUGUGGCCUUGGUGAUUAGGCAUGAUUUCCCCU